AAUCAGAGCAAGGGCUGCACCGGGCUGUUUGCCCAAAACCAGCUUCUUUGUUCGGCAUGGUGGUGCCAGGAACGAAACGGUAUUUGUCACGUAUCGCAGUACAACCUCGUGUCUACAGCAGGUUCUUGGAUGCACCAGCUGGAACUGAAUCCAUUGGGUAUGGGGUCAAUGAGUCAGCGCAGCACGUCGACUACUUUGAUCGAAUCGGGCUCUUCAGCAAAAGCUUCACUCAAAGCAUAUGGCUAUCUUUCGGUGCUAUGCGUUGGCUUUUGCUGGUCUUGAUUGGCCUUGGAGCCGGGCUGGUCGCUGUGGCUGUUGAGCUCUCAUUGCACUAUUUGCUGGAGGAGAAACUCAAGCUGCUGGAUCUAGUGGGUAGAAGCACCGAGUCUCUCGGAGCUCAGUACCUUUGUGACAUUGGAUUCUGUCUAUGUGCGGCAGCAAUAGCAGGCAUUCUAGUCUGCUUUGUAGAGGUCUUGGCAGCGGGUAGUGGCAUCCCCGAGAUCAAGUGUUUCCUGAAUGGAAUUCACCUGCCGAAGCUGGUUUCUGGAAAAACUCUGUUUGCAAAAGCUGUCGGCAUCGUUUUUUCGGUGGUUGCAGGCUUGCCUUGUGGCAAGGAAGGGCCGAUGAUUCAUAGCGGUGCCAUCGUUGGUGCAAUGGUCACGUGUUUCAACUUAGAGCGGCGCUUGCGUCCCCUGAACCUUGAUGUGGAGACCCGAGACUUUGUCGCGGCUGGAGCUGCGGCUGGUGUCAGUGCGGCCUUUGGUGCACCGAUUGGGGCGGUUCUCUUUGCGGUGGAAGAAGGCGCAUCCCAUAUGUCCCCAAGGAUCCUGACACAACUCUUCGUCUCAAGUUCGGUGGCCACAUUGGUUACACGCCUCACUCUGGGCCCUAUCAUCAGUGGCCACCCUUGGAGCUUGUUGGGGACUGGGGUGCCGGUCAGCUUUGGUCGCUUCACUGAGGUCUCGUAUAACUUUCUGGAGAUGUUUAUUUUCGCUCUCAUUGGUAUUGUUUGUGGCUUGCUGGGUGCGGCCUUCAACCACUUCAAUGGCCGUUUGAGCAGGUGGAGGAAGCGUUGCAUCGGCCCAACUGGUUGGAAACGCUUUUUCGAGGUGCUUUGCGUCACGUUCAUCAUUGCCUCCUUGAAAUUCUGGAUACCAUCUGUGGUCCUUGGAAUGAAUGGAGAAGGCUGGCAGCCGCUAAUUUUUGAUGAGCUCAGUCAGACCCAGCAGCUUUGGUUGGAGGGAGGGCAGGCUUCCAUCCGUGACCUUUUCCACUGCAAAAACAAUGCGACGGAGAGCAGUGUGGGUGUCCACCUCCCACACCAGGCUUGUCACAGGGGGUUCCAUGAACUGGGCGUGCUGAUCCUCUUCGGCUUCUUCAACCUCGCCACAACCUGCUGGACGUUUGGUCUUGGUGUCCCUGCUGGGCUCUUCGUUCCAUCCUUGCUGACUGGUGCAGUGCUGGGCCGCUUCGUAGGCGAAGUGCUUCAGGCCGAAUUGCCGCAGGUUGUCGGCCCCGCUGAUCCCGGCAUCUAUGCAUUGGUUGGAGCAUGUGCUAUGUUGGCAGGAGUUGGGAGGAUUACGAUUUCUUUGGCGAUGAUCCUGACGGAGGCCACUGGUACCGGCAUCUUCGGCCUGCCAAUCUUUAUGGUCGUGGUCAUUGCUACCUGGGUAGGCGACUAUUUCAAUCGCGGCAUUUACGACCUGCACAUCAUUGAUUUGAAACAGAUCCCACUCCUUGAGCAAUCACCUGCAGACGUUAUGGUCCGGUAUGCCGUGAAGGACAUUAUGGCGAGUCAGGUGGUGUCCCUGCAGGGCGUGGAGAAGGUACAGCGAAUUGUGGACGUUUUGCGCUCUUGCAACCACAAUGGCUUCCCUGUCCUGGAGAAUGGCACAAUGAAAAUGGAGGGAUUGAUUGAGCGCGGCUUUCUGCAUUUGCUCUUGGCUAGAGGUCGCUAUUAUGGGAUGUUCCAGGACACUCCAGAUGCUCCGAUUGGAUCGCUGGUCCCAUUUGAGGCGAUAGCUUGGCCAAACAUCCAUUCCUACCCGGAUAUCAAGAGUCUUUCAAAGAAGCUGAGUACAGAAGACCGGCAGAAGUAUAUGGACUUGCGACCGUAUGUGAGCUGCAAUGGCUACAGCAUUCCGCCUCAGGCUUCAAUGGCCAGCGCUUUUUUGCUUUUUCGACGCUUGGGCCUUCGACAUUUGCCUGUGGUGGAUAGUGAUGGCGACCUUUGUGGAAUCAUCACACGCAAGGACUUGAUCCUCAUGGAGGAGGAUGAGCAUGGUGAAAUGGUGCAGAGGUCGCAGCCAAAGCUGUCAGCUGACACUGGGUGGGCCUUCCGGAAGUCUGAAAACCUUGAAGAGUCAGACUUUGGCCUCGAGAGCGGAAUGAACAGCGCUUUAGACUCCCUAGACAGUGAAGAAACCGAGUGGUCGCAGGAGCUGAGCGUGCCUGCCGUGGAGAUCGUGGGUCCAAAUGGGGCUCCGCAGAGUUCAGACUCGGAUGCCACUGAAAAAGACUUCGAGGUGCAAAGUCAUGGUGGCAUGGGCGGGAUGGGUGCUUGAGAAGGGGCUUUUGGCGAAGAACAGUUGCCUGGGCCAAAAAUGCGCCGAAAAAAGGGGCACGACCUGAAACGUCAAAAAUUUGCAUAAUCUUUUCCUCAUCAAAAGGAGGGCCACAGACCUCUUCGGGUUGUGUUGGACCAGCCUGGACAUGCUCACUUAAAGGUGUGGCAGGUGACCUAGGCAAGAUGCUUGGACGCCUUCCAGUUUGCAUCCUAAUUUGCAGCUGCAGACCUUGUGGAUAGUGUCUUUCCAGACCCUCUGCCUGCUCGUCCUUAAUGUUUUGGCCGUGCUCUUAUGGUGAAGCUAGCGUGACUUCCUAC